UUCACACAUUUAGCCCCGCCCCAUAGUCGACUACAGGCAUUUGUAUGCUGAUGUGUCCGUACUGGAAUAUGGAUGUGUCUCGCCAUCAGUCGUUAAGAAACAUGAAUACGAUGCGGUCACUAUGAACGCGAACUGUGCUUUUAGAGUUAUAUCUUCUGAGGUCAAUGGAGGCACCACAGGACAUUCAUCAAUGAGGAUACAGCCACAGUUUAUUCCGAGUUAUGUUUCUCUAUGAGUUAUAAAACGGAUGUUCUCCAUCAUGGAAGAUAAGCAGUGAAAGCGUGCAGUCGAAAGCAGCCUGCGAGUUAAACCCUGAUUGACCCCCGGUGAAGUUCAAUUCGAAGCCGCAUCACGACGUCGAGAUGUUCUCUGCUCUGAAGAAGCUGGUCGGUUCGGAGACUCCUGUCCAGCAGCGGGAGAAGAACAUUCCCGCGGGACUGCAGUCCAUGAAUCAGAGUCUGCAGAGACGAUUCGCCAAAGGCGUUCAGUACAACAUGAAGAUCGUGAUCCGCGGGGACAGGAACACGGGGAAGAGCACACUGUGGCAGCGUCUGCAGGGAGGGAAGUUCCAGGAGGAGUACAUCCCUACGCAGGAGAUCCAGGUCACCAGCAUCCACUGGAACUACAAGACUACUGAUGACGUGGUGAAAGUGGAGGUGUGGGACGUCGUGGAUAAAGGCCAAAAAAUCCCUCUUCCUGAAGGUGUAGGCAGGGGUAAAAAGCGAGGAGACACCCUGAAGCUUGAGAAUGAUCCUCAGGAGGCUGAGAACGAGAUGGCCCUGGACGCCGAGUUUUUGGACGUCUAUAAGAACUGUAACGGCGUCAUCAUGAUGUUCGACAUCACAAAGCAAUGGACUUAUAACUACAUUUUGCGGGAGCUACCCAGAGUGCCGACCCACGUGCCGGUGUGCGUGCUGGGUAAUCAUCGGGACAUGGGCGAGCACAGGGUCAUCCUUCCCGAUGACAUCAGAGACUUCAUCAACAGCCUCAACAGGCCACUGGGUUCUUCCUACAUCCACUACGCCGAGUCUUCCAUGAAAAACGGCUUCGGCCUCAAAUACCUGCACCGAUUUUUCAACAUUCCUUUCUUGCAGCUUCAGAGAGAGACGCUGUUACGGCAGCUGGAGACCAACCAACUGGACAUCGACGCUACACUAGAGGAGCUGACGGUCCAGCAGGAGACCGAGGAUCAAAACUACGAAAUAUUCCUAGAGAUGAUGGAAGCGCGUGCUAAAGGCUACAGAUCUCCCGGUGACGCGAACGGUCAGAGCCCGUCGUCAGGCUCGCAGUCCCCUGUGGUCCCAGCUGGCGCAAGUUCCACGGGCAGCUCCAGCCCCGGCACUCCACAGCAACCCCCCGUCAUCGGGCAGACCCUGAACCCGCAGUUACCCUCCACCUCACCAUCCGUGGAAGCUCAGGUUCCCGUUGCUCUUCCCCCAGCCUCUGCCUCUGCCUCGUUUCCGUCUCCGGCUCAGCAGCCGCAGAAACGCAGCUUCAUCUCCAGGCUGUUCGGUGCGACCGCCACCCCUGAGAUGCCCACUGCUGCCCAGGAGGCGGAGCCAGCAGCUCCCCGAGCCCCGCCCACUGUGCAGAGUGUGGAUGACUUCGUACCAGACGAAGGACUGGAUAAAAGUUUCUUAGAAGACGGCGUCCCCUCCAGCGCCAAACCCAGCAUGAGCAACCAGCCCCAGCCGAACGCCGCGGACAGCGACAGUGAUGGAGAAGGGAGAGCAGGGAACCCCAUGGUCGCAGGGUUUCAGGACGAUCUGGACCCCGACGAUGCUGCGGCCAUGCAGCAGCCCAGAUCCUCAGUCCCCAGUAAAGAUCUUAACAUCACGUUAUCCAGCGACGAGGAAGAGGAUGAAGCCCACCCAGUCGUGGCUAAGGACGAAGAUCUGGAUAUCCAGCUGGACAGCCAUCUGGACGAUUUGAGCUCUUUAGCACUGGUGGAAAAACCCAAAGUCGCGAAGCCCGUGCCUUCAGUCCAGCCUCAGAUGAUCACAGAGCCUCAGAUCCUCACGCCGACUCCCGUACACCUCGCACACGCGGGUUCGCCUCCGAAGCAGGGUAAAGCGAAAGCGGCUCCUCCUCAGGGCGACUCCUCUGAUACGGACCCCGACGCCCCCGUGGCUCAGCAGAUGCUCUCCUUCGUCAUGGACGACCCCGAUUUCGAGAGCGACGAGGAGCAUGUGCAGAAAGAGGUAAAAAAGGACGCCUUCCGUGCCAGGUCUGACCUUCCCGACCUCUCGGAAGACGAGCUCGUCCCUGCCGAGCCCGCGAAGUCCUCCGUGCUCUCCUUCAAGCACAAGAACGACAGCGACCUUUUUGGCCUGGGCUUCGAGGAGAAAAGCGUCAAGAGCAAAGACAGCAGCGACGAACAAGACGAAAAGGAAAGCAAGCACUCCACGAAAGAAAAGAAGAAAAAGAAGAAGAAGAGUAAAGAGGACGAAGAGAAAAGCAGCAAGAAGAAGAAACACAAGAAGAAGGAGCGCGAGGAGCCGGAAGGAGCCGGAGACGAGAAAGAGAAGAAAAAGAAAAAGUCCCGGAGCAAGAAAGCGGGCGAGCUGGACGAUCUGGAGGCCUUCCUGGCUGGAGGACAGGCAGCGGAGAAGAGAGAGGAAGGAGACUACGAGGAGCUCUAGAAGACGAAACGUGGCGAAUUUUUUAAACCUGCACUACUGGCCUCGACAUGUCAUUGGCAUUUCAGCAGCGCAGUUCUCGACAUGGUCUGGUGUGUGUGUGUGUGUGUGUGUGUGUGUGUGUGUGUGUGUGUGUGUGUGUGUGUGUGUGUGAUACAGUAGUGAGAGUGAUGACGUUAAAACCCGCUCUCGAUCGCGUUUCAUUCCCACCACAGAGGAGGGAAGGGAUCAUUCUCCCGCAACUCCAGCUGCAAUAAGUGGAGAAGCCAUUGAAAUCUUCUGCAUCCUGCAUGUAACUUUCUUCCCCAGGGUGAAGAUUCGACCGGCUACUCGCUUUUCUACUGUAUCUGUUUUGCCCUUUUUGUUUUGUUUUCUUUUGUUUUAUUCGUUUGUUUUCCCGUAUCCACUCCAGAAGCGAAACACUUUGCAUCGAUUUAACAGCUGUUAUUUUGUAGGCAUGUGCCGAUAAUCGGGUUUAUGGUAUAUCACGAUAUUUAGGUUAUCAGGCACCGAUAUCGUUAGGGUAGACUAGCCGAGCUCGGGAGAGCAUUAUCGAGCAGUAUAAGGAUGUCUGUCUUCUGAGUUAAUUUUUUUUUUUUCCUUUGAACAGGUUGAAUAGCAGUGAAGGCAAUCCCAUAAUUCUGUUCAAGUCCGUGAAUUAUUAUUAUUAUUAUUAUUAUUUUUUUUUUUUUUUUUAAAGUUUCUUACACUUAGCAUUCUGUCUUAGUAGUUAAAAUGCCCUCUGAUGCAAACGAGUCAUUUAAAAGGUAAUGUCUAUGUGGUAAUUACAAUCGAUUUAAAUAGUGAUCGUGACCUAGUAACAGGACUCCAUAAUUUCCCACGAAGUAAAAGCCAACGACGUAGAACUUGCAAUCGAUGCUCGGAACAUGGUGCAUAGUGGAACGCGAUGGCCAAAAAAAAAAAAAAAAGACCACGUAUACCUUGCCUUUAAUGCUCAGAAGUUUCCAUAAACACACAAGUGCUUUAUAUUAAGCUUCUCAAUUAACAAUAGAUAAGCAAGUUGAUAAAACUCGAUAAAAUGGAAUAAACAAUUGAAACCAGAACAAAAUUCCAAGCAAGGAACGAAGUAAAGGGGUCUUAGCAUUGAGUCCUGAGGUACACCUUUUUGGAAUUUUUUCCAAACUAAUUACUAUCUAGUUGUAUAUCCUAUUCAAAAAUGACACGGUAUUCGAUGUUUCGCAUCGCAACUCAAGCUCGUUGCGCGGAAUUUCCAACCUCCGACUAGGAAAAGCCGACGAGCUCUCCCCAGCUUCGAGUUCAGCGCGUAGCAUCAGACCUACACGGCUCCUCCCAGCGUCAACGGUUAACAAAGUACCCUUUCUUACCUUUAAACGAGUUACACUGUAUAUACAAGUAUUUACUUUAGAUCGAUCAAGAUACAGACAUCGUCGAUUAUUAAAUCUAGAGCGCUGACUAUACGGUUCGCUGUUUUGAGGCGAUGAUCGUGUCACUCGUAUCGCUAACGUUAGCCGGCGAGAUUGUCGCUAACAAAAGACCGACAUCGAAGCGGCCGUGCGUUUCUCCAGUCCGUAGCUUAAACGCACGGAGGUCAAAAAUAACGUGCGUCCCCUUCCCAGAGUUAAAGAAUUUUCCGGAAAUGAUGUGUAAUAACGACGUUUUCACUAAUAAAGCCUUGGUAGCUACCAGAGAUCUGGCUAGCUACCGCGUUUCUAACACAACGUCGCGAUAACAUGGGGAAAUAAAACGGAAUAUCGGCACAUGCCUGUUCUGUCGUAAACGCAUGACUCUUUUUAUCGUCGGUGUUAGGGCAUGGCUUAGCGUUCUUUUCUGUACAUUUAGUUUUGGUGUAUAAUGGUGACGUGUGCUGUGUACUGUACUUUGUGCCUGUGUAUGCUUAUUUUUAUUGUUUUUUUUUUUUUUUUUCCUCCAAUUUCAAGAAAGACGUUCUUGUAGAUUUCAUUUUGGAAUGAUACGACUUGCAAAAAAAAAACAACAAAAAAAAACAAAAAAACCCCACGAUUUUCACGUAUAUUGGAAACGUAGGCCUGUUUUCUAGGAAUAGUUCAGCCAAAAAAAUAUCAAAACGUCUCCUCCAGAUCGUCGAUAGUCGACCAGCCGAGACGAUUCGUACGUGAAUAAAAUGAGCUGCUUUUAGAUUCGCCCUGUAGCCAUGAGGCUAAAGUAGCUGAGCAGUAAUGAAUGCGGAUCGUUUACAUCUACAUCGUACACAAGGUAUUUUUUUUUUAGCGUCCAAAUCGCCGCUAAUGGACAACACCGCCUUCACAGUUUAGGCCACGCCUCCUAGUGUAGUUUUGAGUGACGUCAGAGUGUGUGCUGAAGUAGAAAGAACGGGAUUUAGCUUCAAGACUGCUUUUAUAGAGAACGCUUAGGUUACCGUCUGAUGGUGUAGCUAGAAAGUGUAGUGCAAAACUAAAGAAACGGACUUAAGAGAACGAAACGUUUCUCAGCUAAUCAAGUGUGUCCUUUUUUUUUUUUUUUUUUUUUUUUUUUUGGCUGAACUCCUUUCAGAAUUCACUCCGCUCUCAGGUUGGUCGCCAUUCUGAACUAUCCAGUGUUUUAUAAGAGCAAGUCGAGGCAACUGCACUUCCUGUAUAUUUCGUCGCCGAGCUAACGGGCGGAGAAACGACCUUGGCGUCGUACUACAAGACGCCAUUUUGAUGUGUGCACAUGAUGAACAAGUCACGGUGGCUACGAGGUCUUGAAUAUUUCCAUUUCCUUUAUAUGACUGCAUCUUUUAACCAAGUCGUGGAUUGAUGAGAUCGAAUCGAGAGGCGUUUUCUCCUCACCUCGGAGAACGCCGUACCGUAGUCCAUCAGCCGAGAUGCGUUCGGUGCGUUUAGGUUUUGCGCCGAAGCUAGCGCAAGUCCUAAACUUUUUUAACUUUUUUUUUUUUUGUAAAUACAAGUCUGGAUUUACAUCGCUGCAUUUAAACUUUAUCGUCCACAUUCAUUUUAUUACAAUUCCCCUGCCAGAUGUUGAAAAGAGGGGCUUGUGGUGUGGCUCGACACCAAACUGCACUGUGUUGGGGCUGUUCUGGUUGUCCAAGAUGGCCGACUCUAUAUGCGUUUUUGUAUUCAGCUGCACCGCUAGUAGCCCGAGCUACUUCAGUACAUUCCUAAAACCUUGGUUUUGUGCUGUUUUGCGGAAAACUACUCGAAUCUGCGAAAUCGCAAGCGCACGAGAUUGUUUCGCACGGUCUUUCCCAGUGAAGUUUGUUUAGUUGUAAACGAGACCUUUUAACUGUUAUGUUCAACGCACGUGAAUCAAAGAGGGCUUUGGCUGAACGUGCGUCGUGAUGAUGUCACAUGACGUAUCUCGGCCCAAGUCUGCGGUAAUUUUUGAACAUCCUCGGAAUAUUACGGAGUUUGCUUGAUUUUCCCGCUCAUUUCUGCGAUCAGACGCUAGACUACAUCUCUAAUCUCUGAUGACUAAAACUAAGCCGGUCCAAGGCCAACUCCAGAAUGUUUAGUGAUACCGGACGUCGGAAACUGAAGUAUUGCAAUCAUUUCCUGUUUGUAAUUACAGCUUGAACAGACGUGCAACUUUAAGCUUUUUAAGGCCGGGUCAUACCUGACGCAAGUCGUCAAGCGUGACCCGAGCGACUUUGUUCACACCCUCACCUUGUUUAUGAAAAUCGAUGUCCACUAGAUGGCAGCGAUGGCACCCGUGUCUUAUCCAGGUUUCCACGUCAAACUCUCUGCCGUCGUCAUGAUCGUCGUCGUGAGCCGUGUCUCAAAACGAAGACCCCGCCUUUGUAUGUUCAAAAAGUAUUUACAAAAUCCAGAACACUGGUGCACAAAAACAGAUAUUUUACUAUGUUUGAUGACUGAAAUACUAUCCGUAAGAAUAAGUAAACCGGGUUAGGGUCCGUGUACGAUACUGGGAUAGAAUAGUAGAAGUAUGCGAUUUGACUCACAACACCACUAGUUGAUUGGUUCAGGAGUGGACAGAGUCGCAUGGCGCUCUACCGCCCCUGCUGUUUACGUCGGUAUUGCGCCACACGGAUGCGUCGCGUGCGCAGAUGACCACGGCAGCCAUCUUUACAUCGAUAAAAGCAAAUAUAAUUCAGCCUUUACGCUGAUUCCACACAGCACACGUAGGCAGAAAGGAUUUUACAGAUCCGAACAAAAGCCAUCGCCCUCUAAUCACAUCUUUUGGUUAAACUCCAAGAAUCGGGUUUAAGAUCAAACGGAAGAGUGUCCUAGCGCCAGACACCGAACGCAUGUCGGCUGAUCGACUAGAUUUGAGGUGAAUGGGUUUAAUUUUCUGAACUACACCUUUUUAAAAUGUCAAAACGCACACCUCUUGCCCUCUGCAGCUGCUUGAAAGGUCUUCAAACGACCGUAAUGGAAGAAAUAAUGACCAUGUGGGUAGGAAAUAAGUAAGAAAUGAAAAACACUGCAGUUCCAAAGACAUUUCCAUUACAGAUGUUGUGACGCCGUUGUGAGUUUUGCUUUCUCAGAUACAUUAUGCAUUGCUGAUGACCAGUGGAAACACACUUUUAUUAUUAUUAUUAUUAUUAUUAUUAUUAUUAUUAUUAUUAUUAUUGCUUUAUUCCCUUAAUGCUUGAGACCAAACCCUGUUAAGUGCAAUGAACACAUUUUCCUUUUCUUUUCUUUCUUUACGUUCCAUUUCCACUUGUUGGUUUUUGUGUUUGAUUGAUUUUUUUUUUGAGCGCUGUGUACAGCAGGUCAAGAGACUUGAGAGAGAAAACUGUGCUACUCCGUGUUCAUGUGGCUGUAACUAACUCGGUUUGAGUGUCUGUCUCGGUGUGGAGCUCAGACUCGAAGAUGACGAUAUAAAAGAAUUACUCGCACACACAAGUGGCUUUGGCUUUCGUAAGAAACGAACCGCACUUUCGAAGAGGCGCACACUCACGACUGGCUUCCUGUCCGACUCCGUACAACUUUAAACUGUGUGAAACUGAAACACAAAUACAGCACGGACUUUCGUCCAUCA